UUAAAAAAUAUCAGCGAAUUGAAAUGAAAAACCUGGUAUUGCUUACUUGUAUAAAUGCUACGAUUCCAAAACUUCAUGAAGCUGAUGUAUACAUUGCAAUAGAUAGUGAUACAGGAAGGGUUUAUAUCAAUACAACGACCGAUAUUAUUGGCGUGGAUCCCACUAUUGAUGAGGAAACAUUUGCGAUAGGUCUGGAAGAACUUGGUGAUGCAUGUGUUAACGUUACUGGUCUUCAGUAUCUCCAAGGGGAAGACAGUAUUUGUGUUUCUACUGAUCAUGGAGAUUUAGUAGUUGUCAAUGUGUUGACAAAAUUGGUCGAAUCAGUGGGAACAGUAGACAGCGGUUUGUUGCAAAUGAAAUGGAGUCCAGACCAAGAAUUGCUGUUGUUAGGCACAGGGCAUAACUCAAUUAUUGUUAUGACUCGCGAAUUUGAUCCUGUUGCUGAACUUGACAUCAAUGCGAGUGAAUUUGGUGAAGGUCAAUUUAUUACUGUUGGCUGGGGAAAGAAAGAAACUCAAUUUCAUGGAAGUGAAGGAAAAGGGGCGGCUGUUAAGAAAAAUGAGUCAAUUGAACCUGCAUUGCUGUGGGAUGACAGGAAAAUCAGAAUUGUAUGGAGAGGGGAUGGACAAUAUUUUGCUGUUGGAAUGAUUGAUCCCGUUAAUGGAAACAGAAAAUUUCGAGUUUGGAAUCGAGAAUGUGUUUUGCAAUAUACGAGCGAAUAUAUCGGUGGUUUAGAAUCAGCAUUGGCUUGGAGGCCAAGUGGAAAUCUGCUAGUUUCAAGUCAAAGGAAACCGCAUCGACAUGAUAUUGUAUUUUUUGAAAAAAAUGGUUUGCAACAUGGUGAAUUCACCCUGCCCUUUGGUAAAGAUGAAAUGGAGGUGAAGUAUUUGGAGUGGAACAGUGAUUCUUCAAUUUUAAUGAUCUGGUUGAGAAAUCUGAAUUACACUAAAAAAGAUGUUGAUAAGUCAAAGACAGAAGAUACCUCCGACUGUUUGCAGUUUUGGACCAUGUCCAACUACCAUUGGUAUCUCAAACAAAGUGUGGAAUUAAAAAACCAUGAGACGCCAUCGUGUGUACAAUGGGAUGCUGAGCAAUCACAUAGAUUACACAUAGUGUGUAAAAAUGGAAAAUAUUGGCAAUACGUAUUUGGAAAAACUGUUAAUGAUUCAAAUAUACCAGUCCUCUGUGACGAAAAAGAAGUCGUCGUUAAUGGACACCAUGACAAAGGAGUGAAAAAUGAAGAGACAUUUGUAGCUGUUGUUGAUGGAAAAUCCAUUUUGAUGACACCGUUUCAGCAUAUGUGUGUUCCUCCGCCUAUGUCUGCAUAUAAAUUGAUGUUACCAGAUUCAGCAAAUUCCGUCGCUUUCAGUCCGUUGAAAGAUAACUCUAGCGAUAUUUCAGUUUUCAUGAAAAAUGGUGAAGUAGCAAUGUUUACAAUGGAGAACAUUGGAAGUGAUGCAGAAAGUCUCCAAGACAGGUUAUCCGUGAAGUUGGAUGCUGCUGGAGGAAAUGGAUUUAUUCAUUGUAUCAAAACUCAUGUGCCUAAAUCCUUGUUGAAAAUCGAAACUGAAAUUGAUGACGCUAUCGAUACAUCUGCUCUGCACCAUUGGAUAUGGUUGAAUGAAUCAAAGAUGUUUGCUGUGUCACCUGGUAUACUACCUGGUAUAGAUCUUGCGGUUUUGUUUCAGAUUGAUUUUGAGUCCAAUUCACUGAAAGCAAUAAAAAGUACAGAGGUUCAUGGUCUAGUUCUUUCUGCCAUUUUAUUCAAUUCUUCCUGUGUUCUCAUCCAGUUGCAAGAUGGAACAAUAUUGAAAUGUGAUAUCCCUUCACUUGAAGUAUCUGACUACACUUCACCAUCAGGACAACUGUUAAAAUUCCCUCGGCCGUGUCCACAAGUUACAAGUUGUUCUUUCGAUGGAGAUCCUUGUAUUGUUGGACUUUCAGAGCAUUUUAGAAUGUAUAUCAAUGAUACUGAAAUUGCAUCUGAUUGUUCUUCAUUUUCUCUUCACAACGAUUUUUUAUUCAUGACAACACAUUCACAUAAGCUACGUUGCAUCAGUAGAAAGAUUUCACUCGAAAAUGUUUUAAAAUAUUACACCACUCAGCUAGAAGGUCGAUCGUUAAUUCCCAACUGUGAAGGAAUAGAGACGGAAAGAGCAGUAGAACGCGGAUCAAAAAUUAUAACUGUAACUCCGUCAGACAGUCGACUUAUUCUGCAAAUGCCCAGAGGAAAUUUGGAACUCAUUCAUCCCAGAAAUUUAGUGCUGUCAUUGGUUAAAAGUUUAAUAACAUCGUUAAAAUAUGGAGAAGCAUUUACAGUCAUGAAAAAACAUAGAAUCAAUAUGAACCUGCUUUAUGAUAUUGAUAAAAAGAUGUUUGAAGAAAAUAUUGAAACAUUUGUGAAAGCAUUAGAUUCAACAACAAACUUAAAUAUAUUCAUCAGUGAUUUACAAAAUGAAGAUUUAACACAAACAAUGUACAAACAGUAUUUUUUAACAAAAACUUCAAAGGACAAUAAUUAUGCGAAAUCUUCAAAUUCAUCUGUAAAUGUGAAAAUCAAUAAUGUUUGUGAUAUCCUCGUCUUGGUAUUGGAAAAAUCGGAGAAAAGGUUUAUUUCUUCACUUGUAACAGCUGAUGUGAAGAAGAAGCCUUCGGAAGUUGGAAAAGCUCUUAAAAGAAUAAAAAUUCUUGCCGACGAUAUUGGUCAUGAGGAAAAACUCAUCAGUAGUGUUCUAAAAUACAUGACAGUAUUAGUUGAUAGUAAUACACUGUUCAAUGAAGCUCUUGGAACAUACGAUUUUAAACUAGUACUCAUGGUGGCCGAAAAAUCUCAACUUGAUCCUAAGGAAUUUCUACCUAUGUUGCACGAACUUCAAAGUUUGGAAGAAAAUUACAGAAAAUUUAAAAUUGAUUUGAAACUAAGAAGGUAUUCAACUGCUCUCGAACACAUUUCAAAAUGUAGCGGCCAUUUUGAUGAAUGUUUAGACUUGAUUCAGUCUCAUGAAAUGUAUAAAGAAGCUUUGAAUUUGUAUGAUAGAGGCACAGGAAGUUACAACACAAUUUGUGAAAUGUACGGAGAAUGUUUAUCAGGAAAACGUAAAUAUGAAGAGGCUGGGAUUAUUUUCACUCAUUGCCAGGAUUCACGGAAAGCUCUUGAAUCAUUUUCAAAUUCGAAUAAUUAUUCUCUUGCAUUGAUGACAGCGUUUAAACUAAAGCUUGACAGAAAUGAAAUUGUUGAGCUUGCUUAUAAACUAGCAGAGAAAGCCAAGACAACGAGUCGUCAUUUAGAAGCUGUGGAAAUUUUGGAGCAUCAUGCUCAUGAUAUUGAGCAAGCUGUUGAAACUGCACUUCAUGCACAAUUGUGGCAGAUUGCUUUACGAAUGACUCAACAACACAGUAGAACGGACUUAAAUGAAACACAUGUUUUGCCAUCAAUAAAAGAAGCGCAUGAGAACACAUUUCAAAUCUUGGAAUCUCACGAAAAAUUGAUUGAACAACAGACUGCACGUUUGCAAACCGUUCGACAACUGAAAGAAAAGCAAAGAAUGCAGGCUUUAUUGGAUGGGGUCGAAGGUAUAGGAAUGGACUCUGACUUAUAUUCUGACACGAGCAGCACAAUGGCAGGAUCAGUCACCAGUCGUCCCUCUAGCACAACAAGCAGAAGUACCGGGCGGUCCUCAAAAAGUAGAAGAAAGAAAGAGCGACGGGGAUACUCUCUCAAGGAAGGGAGUAGGUUUGAGGAUCUUGCUCUGCUCCAUUCACUCAAAGUUGCAAUAAAUGCUGUUGAUGAACUUUCAGGUGACGUUAAAAACCUAUGUAUUCAUCUUGCUUUGCUGCACAUGGACAGUUUAGCAGAAACUCUCCAGAAACAAUAUUCCGAAGUUAGAAAUAUCAUAGGUCGACUCUUACCAACAAUAUGGUCACAAGACCUGAUUCAAAAUGACCAGACAAUGACAACUGGUCCGCAAUCAACAGUAAAUAGCAUAGUUGCAUCAAUGCAAAACCGAAGGUCUGAUAGAAAUGAUAAUAACGAAGAAAAACGUGAUUUUAAAGAUCUGGAUUUAUUUGUCACGCCAAAAUUUGACAGCAAAAGUCAGUCAUGGAUGACCGGCUUUCAAGAUAAACUAUAAAUCUUUAUCUCCAUAUUUGAUCGGCGAUUGUGUAACCUGGACUUUUCACAAUUACAUCUUAAAACAUUCACUUGCGCAACAACCGGAAUUUAUCAAUGCAAUAUAAUUUUAGUACAUUUAGGUCGGCUGGGGUAAGCCCUACUGUGAGUGUUAGCAUAAACUCUGCUCUAUGAUCACUGGUUUAUGCUCUGAUUUCCAAAUUUCUAUUAAUAACAUCGCACCAUACAAUAUGAUUCAAUUAUCUUUAGCCCAGUGCUUCAAAUAAAGCUUAAAAGCGUUGGCAAAAUGAUAAUGUAUAAAAUAUCGCAAAAUUAAUUCUCCCAUACUGUUUGCUGCAACCUUACAGUCGAAGAAGAUAAUCUGUACCACACGUCGCAAACCUACAAAUUCAACAAGAUCAAACACUGCCCUUUACUGCAUCUCAAACUGCCUAUAAUAUAAAAAUACAUCACCGCCUAUGGU